AUGGACGUGGGCGCCGACGAGUUCGAGCGGAGCCUCCCGCUGCUGCAGGAGCUGGUCCAGGGCGCCGACUUCGUGGGCCUGGACAUCGAGUUCACCGGCCUCCGCACCAACCUGGCCCGGGCCCAGCAGAUCAGUCUUUUCGACCUGCCCUCGGAGUGGUACCUCAAGACCCGGCAGAGCGUUCAGCAGUUCACCAUCUGUCAGAUCGGGCUGUCUGUGUUUUCCAGUGUCGAAGGAGAGGCGAACAAGUACGUGGCCCAUUCCUGUAACUUCUUUCUCUUCCCCACGACGUUUGGGAUUCUGGACUCAGAAUUCUCUUUCCAGGCCUCCAGCGUCCAGUUUCUGAAUCAGUAUGGCUUCGACUAUAACAAGUUUCUCAAACACGGAAUCCCAUACAUGAACGAGGAGCAGGAGAAGCAAAUCAAGCACAGCAUCCUGACCGGGAACUGGCGCGUCCGCAGUUCCCUGGACAAAGACCAGAUGAAGGCGGUCAUCGAUGAGGUGACCCGGUGGCUGGACCGGGCGGAGGAGGGCGACUGGAUGACUCUCCCUGGCAUCGCUGGCUUCCGGGCCUUCGAGGUGCAGCUGGUGCUGAGGCAGGCCCUCCCGGACAUCUGGACGGCGCUGCGAGAGCAGGCGGUGAUAGUGAAGAAGGUGAGCAAGCAGCACCGCUGGCACCUCCAGAACACCUCCUGCGCCCGCGAGAGCUGCUGGCGGGAGCAGAUCCUCCUCUCCGCCAGGGGCUUCUCCGUGUUCUUCCAGAUGCUGGUGAAGGCCCGCAAGCAGCCCUUGGUGGGACACAACAUGAUGAUGGACCUGCUGCACCUGCACGAGAAGUUCUUCAGGCCCCUCCCAGAAAGCUACCAGCAGUUCAAGCGGAACAUCCACAGCCUCUUUCCCAUCCUCGUGGACACGAAGAACGUGACCAAGGACAUCUGGAAGGAGCUGAACUUCCCGAGGGUGUCCAACCUCUCCGAGGUGUACGACGUGCUGGACAGUGACCUGAAUCCCACCAGGAGCUCCGGGCCAGUGAUUGUUCAUGCCAGCCAGUGCGAGAAAUACGCUGCGACAAAGUGCCCCCACGAAGCCGCGUACGAUGCCUUCCUCUGCGGGUCAGUUCUCCUGAAGGUGGCGCACCUGCUGCUGUGGAGGGUGCACGGGGCCGGCUGCGCCCCGGAGCCCUCCUUCCCCCGGUACCUGGACGUGCUGGCCCCCUACGUGAACCAGGUGAACCUGAUCCGGGCCGGCGUCCCCAAGAUCAACUUCUCUGGCCCAGAUUACCCCAGCAUCCGGCCCCCCAUCCUCAUCCUCAGCGUCCGGCGGUGGCCGGGCCUCACCGAGCAGCAGGUCUAUCGCGAGUUCCAGAGUCUCUGCAAGUUCGACGUCCGCCGGCUCACCGGGAGCCAGUUCCUGCUCCUGACCAACAAGUUCAAGGACGCCCGCAGCGUCCUGAAGGAGUACCGCGGCCACCCCUCGCUGCGGGUGUCCCUCUACCGCUACUGGCGGCACUCGCCGGACGUGCAGUGCCUGCUGCGAGUCUGCGGCAUAGUCACCGCCUGGGCCCUUCUUGCGUUCCUCCUGGGGCGACCUGGCCCCUGA